AUGACAAUGCUUUCGCCUAUUCCGGUGCUGCUGAUAUACGCCUCAUGGAUUGUACUGAUCCCAUUUGUAUUGAAUUUCUCUAAUUUGGGUGAUUUGAUUCCUCGGUUGAGCUAUCAUUUCGGCAUUGACUACUAUUUGCAUAAAGUGGAGCCUAUUGUGAUUUGUUUGGGAUUAGUGACAUUUUACAGCUAUGUUGUGCUUGGCUUUGUAUCUGACAUUAUCCAAGCUUGUCGUCGCACACACGACCAAGGCAUCAGUCAAAACUCGCUGCUCUAUGGAAGAUUCGAGAGAGCUCACCGCCAACUCAGAAAAGUGUUUCCUCCAUUUGUUGUCUCUUGUUUGCUAAUGUAUGCAAAUACAACUCGAUUCGAUACGUUGCGCAAUAGUUUCAUGGUAUUGCAAACUGUCUUGCUGCUUGUACAGCCUCUUGCGUCCAUGUAUCAUCGACCUCAAGCUGGACUCAUUUGCAAGUAUUUCUACCGCGCUGUAUUGUUCUGGUCAAUCCUGUAUGCUAUAUUCCCGCGUGAAGCUCAGCAUUACAUUUCUUAUUUGACACAUUUUGUCAGUGAGUGGUUGGGUCUCCAUAAUACGCAUCGCAGCCCCCGUCAUUACUACAACAGCAAGUAUCCCACACACAACAAAUACUUUAGCAGCGCCUCCAACACUCCCUCCUCCAACUAUCAACAGUGGAUAUUGUAA